AAUCUGACCGUUGUGAGCUUGAUAACUUGAGAAAAAGUUUUCAUGGUAGUGCGCUUGAAAUUCCAAAACCAAAGCCAAAGUAACAUGCUGGCGGCUGGGGCCACGUAUGUAAUCAAUUUAGGCCAAAAAAAAGGAGAAGCAGUCCAACACCGCGCAGCAGUACUGCGUCAGAGCUUACGCGACCCAUUUGUCAUAUGACGACACCAUCGAAAAGCCAUCCCUAGGAAGUUAGGAACGAAAGGAGAAAAAUGCAUACAGAACGACAAGCAAACUGCCUUCAAUUCAUUGCAAUUUGCAAACCUUUCAUACAGUAUAAGUAAAAGCCCAGCACAAGCCGAUUUCGCAGACUGAGCAAGCUAGAAUUCCGACGACUGUCCCACAUCCCAAUUUUCUUUGCUUCAAUCUUUUUCAGGUGUUUGACAAUGGCGGAAGAGGUGGUUCUUCUGGAUUUCUGGGCCAGCGUAUUUGGGAUGAGGGUCAGGAUCGCGCUCGCUGAGAAAGGGAUCAAGUACGAGUCUAAGGAAGAGGACUUGAGGAACAAGAGCGAUCUGCUUCUCAAGAUGAACCCGGUUCACAAGAAAGUUCCGGUUCUCAUCCACAACGGGAAACCGGUCUGUGAGUCCCUCAUCAUCGUUCAGUACAUAGACGAGGUCUGGAACGACAGCUCUCCGUUGCUGCCCUCUGAUCCUUACCAGAGAGCUCACGCCAGGUUCUGGGCUGAUUUUGUUGAUCAGAAGGUACAUGGUGCUAGACAGAAGUUAAUGGCCACAAAAGGAGAAGAGUUGGAAGCAGCAAAGAAGGAGUUUUUGGAAAUACAUAAGACAUUGGAGGGAGAGCUUGGCGACAAGCCUUACUUUGGGGGUGAGACAUUUGGGUUUGUCGACAUUGCUUUCAUUACUUUUUACAGCUGGUUCUCUGUGUUUGAGACUGUUGGCAAAUUGAGCAUGGAGGUGGAGUGCCCCAAGAUUGUUGCAUGGGCUAAGAGAUGCAUGCAAAAGGAGAGUGUCGCCAACACUCUUCCUGACCAGAAGAAAGUUUAUGAGUUUGCCUUGGAGUGGUUUGGAUUAGAGCAAGCUCAGCCGGCCAGAAUUACAACAGUAUAGAAGUGCAUGUUUUUGCGUUGUGUCCGCCAAAUGUUUGAUGAAAAUGAAAUUGUGUUUUUCUACGAAAGGAAUGAUAUAUCUUCUCUUCUGUCUUAA